AUGGCCGAGGAUUUGAGUUCCCAAGUUCUGCAGGUUCUCGCCUCUGCAGACGGACCGGUCCUCACCUCCGAAGCCUUUCCCAAUGCCAGUUUCAGUACCGUCAAGGCUGCCCUCGACAGAUUAAGAUCACGAGAGUACAUCCAGGUCGAGCAAAUAGACAAUUUACAACUUAUUCUGACGGAAGAAGGCAAAGCAAUUGCUGAGAAGGGUAGCAACGGAGCAAGGGUUUUCGAAGCUGUACGAGCGGCGCUAGAAGGCUUGAAAUUGAAAGACCUAGCCACUGCGGUCGGUGAUGCAAAUGUCGCAAAAUUCGGCUCAGGAGAUGCUUUCAAACAGAAAUGGGUCAAGAAAGACGGAGACACUCUCAGAGCAACGACAGACAAAAUUGUAGACGAAGUCCAACAACAACUCCAACAUAUCCGUGAGAAGAAGUCGCUAGACAACCCCAAGGUUGUGGCAGAUUUCAAGAAGAGGAAAUAUGUUGUUGAUCAAAAGACGGUGACUUUCAAGAUUACCAAGGGUCCAAAAUUCUCGACAGAGUUCGUAAAAGAAGAGACAGACUUGACUGCGGAAAUGCUGGCUUCGGGUGCGUGGAAGACUGUCCAACUCAAACCGUACAACUUCAAGGCCAAAGGUGCUCCAACACCAUCUGGUGCUCUACAUCCUCUCAACAAGGUGCGACAAGAGUUCCGAGAAAUCUUCUUCGAGAUGGGCUUCGAGGAGAUGCCAACAAAUCGCUACGUCGAGACUGGUUUCUGGAACUUCGAUGCGCUUUUUGUGCCACAACAGCAUCCCGCUCGAGACCUUCAGGACACUUUCUACAUCUUAGAUCCUUCAACAGCCGAUCCUCCAAGAGAAGACCCCAUUCCACCUUCUCCUGGAUCAAAAGAGCUCCCUGCAACUCACAAACGAACAAAGUCGAGAGAGAAGACGCUGGACUACAAACAAUACUGGGAGGACGUAAAGGCUGUUCACCAAGAGGGCAAGUUCGGCUCGAUAGGUUACAGAUACCCGUGGUCUGCAGACGAAUCUCUCCGACUUGUACUUCGAACACACACUACUGCCAUCUCCACCUACAUGCUACACAAACUGGCACUGAACCCGAGACCUGCACGAUAUUUCUCCAUCGAUCGUGUCUUCCGCAAUGAGACCGUUGACCAGACCCAUCUGGCAGAGUUCCAUCAGGUCGAAGGUGUUAUCGCUGACUGGGGGUUGACUCUUGGUGGUCUGAUUGGUUUCAUGGAGGUCUUCUUCGGCAAAAUGGGUAUUCGCAACCUGAGAUUCAAGCCCGCCUACAACCCGUACACCGAGCCCAGUAUGGAGAUUUUCAGCUACCACGAGGGGUUGAAGAAGUGGGUGGAGAUUGGAAACAGUGGUAUGUUCAGACCAGAAAUGCUAGAACCAAUGGGUCUGCCCAAGGACAUGCGGAUAUAUGGUUGGGGGCUGAGCUUGGAAAGACCUACCAUGAUUAAAUAUGGUGUGAACAAUAUCCGCGAACUGCUCGGCCACAAAGUCGAUCUCAAUUUUAUUGAGACCAACCCUGCUGUGCGACUAGACAAGGACUAA